GAGAGCUGCCUCAAACAUUUGUUAACUUAACGGAUUUGAACGAACUGUUAGUUUCCAGUUUCCACAAACUCAGCUAAUAUUUAGCCAUUUAUGUUCUUUCUUCUUCAUGUGAAUCUUGUUGUUGAAUGCACUGUAGGCGACUCAGUGAUAAUAAUUUCACGGGACAGAUACCUGAUUUUAUUCAGAACUUGACAUAUCUCAGAACUCUGGUUAUUCAAGGAAGUGGAUUGCAAGGGCCAAUUCCCCCUGAGAUCGCAUUUUUGGAGAGAUUGUCUGACUUGAGAUUAAGUGACUUCGAUGGACUCGAGUCCCAAGUUCCAAAACUUAGGUGUAGAAAUAUUGAGACACUGAUUCUGAGGAGCUGCAAUCUCACGGGAGAGCUACCUGCUUUUCUAGCACAAUUGACAAACCUAAAAAUAUUAGACCUCAGCUUCAACAAACUAAGUGGCAAAAUCCCUAUCUCCUACAGGAGCCUGGAAAGAGUAGGAUAUAUCUAUCUGACUGGAAACCAGUUGACUGGAGAAGUCCCUGUUUGGAUCCUGGCGAAAGGAAAAAAUGUAACCUCAAAUUCUGCCACAAGUGGACUUGUCUUAUGUUUGCAGAGUCACCAUUGUACAAAAAAUCGGUAUAACCUCUUCAUAAAUUGUGGUGGGAACAAAGCAAAAAUAAGGGGCACCACAUAUGAAGAUGACUCGUGGGAGGCUACACCUUCAAGUUUCUUCGAGAGUGAUUACUGGGCAUGCAGUAGCACUGGUUACUUCACCGAUUACGAAAUCGCUACAUAUGGCUAUACAGUUAAAAAUACAUACGGGCUGUCCAUGAAUGAUGCACAACUUUACAUGAAAGCACGACGUUCUGCUAUCUCUCUAACUUAUUACGGUUUUUGUCUGAUGGAUGGGCCCUACAAUGUAUUCCUUCAUUUUGCGGAGAUAAUGUUCACAGACGACAAAACUUAUCAAAGCCUUGGGAGGAGAGCUUUUAAUAUUUAUAUACAGGGGAUAUUGGUGUGGAAAGAUUUCAACAUUGAGAUUGAAGCAGGUGGAGUUAGAAAGGAGGUCAAAAGAAAUUUUUCUGCCUAUGUGACCAAGGGCACUCUGGAGAUACGAUUCUACUGGGCUGGGAAAGGAACCACUGCUAUACCUGACAGAGGAGUCUAUGGUCCUCUUAUAUCUGCUAUCUCUGUCUAUCCUGGCUUUGAUCCCCCAGCCAGCAAAUCUGCUGGCACAGUGGCUGGGAUUCUGGCUGCUAUAGUUUCUGUAGUUUUCCUUAUCCUGGUUAUCCUUUGGUGGAGAGGAUGCCUUGGACGUAAAGAUAAAAUGGCACAAGAUUUGAGGGGUCUAGCAUUGCAAAUCGGUUUAUUUACCUUGCAACAGAUUAAAGCCGCCACAAACAAUUUUGACGCUGCCAAUAAGAUAGGAGAAGGUGGUUUUGGUUAUGUAUACAAGGUAUGGUUUUCUGUCGAUGGCACCACUAUAGCAGUGAAGCAGCUUUCAUCCAAAUCACAGCAAGGAAAUCAUGAGUUCCUGACUGAGAUUGGGACGAUUUCUGCUCUUCAGCAUCCACAUUUGGUGAAACUCUAUGGAUGCUGCAUUGAAGGAAAUCAACUUUUGCUGGUUUAUGAGUACAUGGAAAAUAACAGUCUUGCUCGCGCUUUAUUUGGUCCUGAAGAAUUUCAAUUAAAGCUAGAUUGGGGGACAAGACACAAGAUAUGUGUGGGUAUUGCCAGGGGGUUGGCAUAUCUUCACGAAGAGUCAAGGCUAAAGAUUGUGCAUAGAGACAUUAAAGCUACUAAUAUUUUACUGGAUAAGGAUCUCAACUCUAAAAUAUCAUAUUUUGGUUUAGCAAAACUUGAUGAGGAGGACAACACACAUAUUAGCACCAAGAUUGCUGGAACUUAUGGAUAUAUGGCACCAGAGUAUGCAAUGCAUGGUUACCUCACUGAAAAAGCCGACGUCUAUAGUUUUGGCAUUGUUGCCUUAGAAGUUGUUAGUGGCCGGAGCAACACCAGUUACCAGAAGAAGGAGAAAUGCUUUUAUCUACUCGAUUGGGCACGAGUUUUGAAGAAGAGAGGAAAUUUGAUGGAUCUAGUUGAUCAGAGGCUGGGUUCUCAUUUUGACGAAAAGGAGGUGCUGGCAAUGAUAAAUGUAGCUCUGCUGUGUACUAAUGCGACUCCAGCACUCAGGCCGCCAAUGUCAUCUGUGAUUAGCAUGCUUGAAGGCAAGGUUGUUGUUCCACUGCUGGACUCUGAGGACACUAUCAUAACGGAGGAGACAAUUGAGGCCAUGAGGAAGCAUUUCAAAGGUGACGAAGAUCAGGCAAUUGAUGAGAAUAUCACCAAGAGCAUGCUCACUGAUGGGCCGUGGACUGGAACCGCUUCAUCUACAUCUGCUAAAGAUCUCUAUCCGAUAAAUCCGGAUACUGAUUACUGGCAGAAUAGAAAAUAAGAAAUGGUUUGCUAUGUUUUGAGUUAAUUUUGUUUUGAAAGACCUAGGGCUUUA